GCACAUCCUCUGCGCUAUCCCUGCUCGGAGCCCUAUCCACCACUACGGCGGCCCCUCGGCCCUCCCGGACACGUCAUCCGCCCUGCCCUCGCAGGGCCGCAGCGCCACCCUCUCCCUGGUGGACCUGGCGGGGUCGGAGCGUACCAAGAAGACCAAUGUGGCGGGCAACAAACUGCGGGAGAGCUCCGGCAUCAACUCAUCCCUCACAGUCCUGGGUCGCUGUCUAGAGGCACUGCGACACAAUCAGGCUCUCGCGGCACGCUUGCAAGCGCAGGGGCCUUCCCGCGCCGGCGGCGGUGCUGGCGGUCCCUCCGCUGCAGCGGCAGGGGGCGGUGCCGUCCCGCGGGUCAUUCCUGUUCGCGAAUCCAGCCUCACCACGCUGUUCCGGUCUGUGCUGACGGGCGAGGGCAACCUGGUGCUGUCCGUACAUGUCAGCGAGCACCCGGAGGAGUACGACAUGAACCUUCAGACGCUGCGGUUCGGCGCUCUGGCGUCCAGGGUGCAGACCACGGUAGCUGCGCCGGUGGCGGCGCCUGCAGCGCGGCCGCCGCUGCCGCCUGCUGCUCGGCCGUAUCGUGUGCCGCAGAAGCGGGUGGCGGUGGCAGGCCUUGCUGGCCGAGGACUGCUAAGACGGCCAGCUGCCAUCAAGGCGAAGCGGAAGUCGGCCAUCCUCGAGGGGCCAGAGCUGGAGGAGGCGGAGGAAGGCGAGCAGGCUGGUGAUGCCGGUGACGGGAGCAGCGGUCUUGCGCAACAGCAGCCCGCAGCAGGGCAGCCGGAAGUCGAAGAAGAUGAGGAGGCGGAGCUGGGUGCGGAGGCGGAUGCGGGCCCGCAGCAGCAGGUGCCCAGCGGCGCUGACGCGGUUGUUGUGGAGAGCUUGCGGUCCGAGUUGCAGGGGCUGCGGGACCAGGUUCAGCAGCUGCAGGGCCGGUGUGAGCAGCUGGACGGGGAGGUGCUGCAGCUGCGGGGGGACAAGCGGCACCUGCAACAACAGGUCGAACAGCUCACAGAGACGGCGCCCGAAUGGGAGGCGCUGGUGUUCUCGGAGCGCGAAGAGAAGAAGGAGGCGCAGCGGCGGGUGUGGCAGCUGGAGGCGCAGCUGGCGGCCUCGCAGCGGGAGCUGGCGGGAGAGAGGAUGACGAACAAGACGCUCCUCCAACGGCUAUCGGAGGCCCAGUCGGCGGCCGCCCGCUCCCAGCAACAGCUGCAACAGCUCCAACAACAACUGCAGGAACAGCAGCAGCAAAGGAAGCCGCCGUUAGCGGAUCCUGGUCCCCGCGGGGACGCACUGCAGAGGCAGGAGUGUGCGGUGGAUACCGGCCGCCAUGCGGCUAGAGCUGGUACUUCGGGGGAGGAGGAGGCGCCUGUUGCGCUGCCUGCUGACCCUACGCGGACGGCAGCCGCCGCAGCAGGUGGCGCCGGUGGGCGGAGCGAAACUGCGUGUUGCCAGCCCGGUGGCUUGCCCGGUGAACAGGCUCCCGGCACAUCUGGGGUGGCGGCGCGGGCAGCUCUGACCUGCAUCCGCAACACCGGUAGAGCUGGAGUGGACGACACGGCGGGAGAAGGGGAGGAAGCAGCAGCCAGGGGUGCGGCGGGCGUUGCACAGCGGGACGGGCCUGACUCGGAGCAGCCCCCUGGCAGCAGUGCGGUGGGGUUAACGGGGCGAGCUGGACAGGGACGACACACCAAGGGCAGCAAGGCAGGCAAGCGGCGGCGCGCAGGGGCGGCCAGCGGUGGCGGGGACUGUGACGAGGCGGGGCUCAAGACGGCCGAUGGGUCAGCUGACAGGGUGCGAGAGGAGCGGGAGCAGGCGGUAGCGAGCGGGGCAGUUGGGGACAGCUGCAAGGCGACGGGGAUUACGCCAGUAGCUGGCAGGACGCGACGCAAGCGUCAUGCGGGAGCGUAGUGGGGUAGGAUUUUGGCGGUUGAUGGUAGUAUGCAGGAAACAUUGUGGAUAAGUCCCCUCAGCGGGUUGUCUGCUUCCGUUCGGAACUGCUCGCAUGGAUGUCUCCUGCCAACCUUGCCGGAAUCUUACAGGUCUGAGCGUGGCAUGCCGGAUUGUAGAGUAUAUAGCGUGAACGUUAUUCAUACAACCGUUUGACCCUCACGAUAAUGGUUUUAGGUACCAAGGAUCUCCCUACAUACCGGAAGGUGGGCACCCUAUACAUCCGUUUACAAUCAUGUUAUCCAUUCACCGGUACACAUUCACUGCCGCAGUUUUACCUCACAAAGAUGGUGGAACUGCAAACUCUGCGGUGGAAGGGUGUGCCUACUGACACCGAGAUAGUUGGCUUUGCAAUAAUUUAAUACUGGGGACGAACGUCCAAACUGUCUAGCAGCUUGAGCAGCUGCAACUGUCAGCAGCUUGUCCG